AUGGGUGGAGUUCAAGAAAAAGGACCAAUGAAAUUAAGAUCGUACGGGUUUGAUGGACGAACAAAGACACCUGUCACUGGCAAUGAACGGGAGGAAGAUGUCUGGUCCAAUUUCUACGAAGAGUGGAAUAUGUUACGAUUCUACUCUUUGGAAACGCUACCGAACGGGACUAAAGGAUUUCGUGCAACUGCCCAAAUACAUCCUAAUCAACGAGUUCAACUAACCGAACACGGUCGAACAGUGCAACGUGAGAGUAUGAUUUCCGGUCUGUUUGCAAAUCGGUUUCGUGGAUUUCACGGCCAGCUGCUUCGGAUAGGAGUGAUUCAGGAGGAGCCGUUAUUGAUGUGUGAAACAGUCCUUGAAUCCGGUCAGGUUGUUGGUGCUCGAGGCAUGAUUGUAGACAUAGUGAACAUACUGGCCGAACGAUUCGAUUUCAAGUAA